UCAGUAGCGACCCGGAAGUCAUCGCACGUCAGGAGGAACGAUCACAAUAAACCGGGUAGUCACUGAGUAAGAUCUCCGUGUGAUAUAAACACUACAUGGUGAAAGGAUCUGGAUCAGAACCAUGGCUCAGAAAAUAAACGAAGCCAAUGAGCACAUCGCUAAAGCGGAAAAAUAUUUAAAGACCAGUUUCAUGAAGUGGAAGCCGGAUUAUGACAGCGCUGCGUCAGAGUACGCGAAAGCAGCUGUCGCGUUCAAAAAUGCCAAACAGCUUGAAGAAGCAAAAGAUGCUUACUUACUAGAAGCAGAGGCUCACACCAACAACAGAACUCUUUUCCAUGCUGCAAAGGCCCUCGAGCAGGCAGGGAUGAUGCUGAAGGACAUGCAGCGGCUGCCCGAGGCAAUUCAGUACAUAGAGAAAGCCAGUAUGAUGUACAUAGAGAAUGGCACCCCAGACACUGCUGCCAUGGCUCUCGACAGAGCUGGAAAGUUGAUCGAAACUGUGGAUUUAGCCAAAGCUGUGGACCUCUAUCAGAAAGCUGCGUCAGUGUUUGAGAACGAGGAACGUCUGCGGCAGGCCGUGGAGCUGCUCGGCAAAGCGUCUCGACUCCUCGUCAGACAAAAGAAGUUUGAUGAAGCAGCAGUUUCAAUCCAAAAGGAAAAGAAUAUGUACAGAGACAUAGAAAAUUACCCGACGUGUUUUAAGAAAACCAUCGCACAAGUGCUGGUUCACUUACACCGAGGAGAUUUCGUAGCGGCUGAUAAGUGUGUGAGAGAAAGCUACAGUAUCCCAGGAUUCAGUGGGAGUGAGGACUGCGUUGCGUUGGAGCAGCUGUUACAGGGAUAUGAUCAGCAGGAUGAAGAGCAGGUGGCCCGUGUCUGCAACUCGCCACUGUUCAAAUACAUGGACAAUGACUAUGCUAAGCUGGCCAUCACUCUCGGUGUGCCUGGAGGAGGGAAGAAGAAGAAGGCAGCCGCUGCUCCUGGAGAUGGAGGAGCGAACAGUGCAGCUGAUAAACCUGAGGAAGAUGAGGACGAGUAUGCAGGAGGACUCUGUUAGUUACUUGUCCAUAACAUUGCUUCAUCCCAGUGUCCAUUUUCAGCCACAGGGAGAGAUUUUCCUGUACUGUGCAUCCUGCUGUUGAAAAACACAAAUCCAUCUUUUUCUUUGUGUAUUUUAAUGUUUAGGUUUAACGCUUCAUCUGGAAUUGGUGAAUUGAGUCACAGCCAAAAUGUGGUCUAAAGGAAAAAUUCACCCUGAUAUUCAUUUUUAUAAUUAACAUGUUAUCAUCAAUGAUUUGACAUCCAAGAUUUAUUUUUAUAAAGCAGUUGGCAUUUUUGUCCAUAACCUGGUCAGGAUCCCUGAUGUUUAAGAUUGCUGACCUUUUUUCUCCAUUGUAACUGUAGCAACAUCCCUUGUCACUUAACAAAUCGCUAAAAUCCCACAGUAAUAAUAUAAAUACAGCAUCAACCUGCGAACAGGCAAAGUGCUAAGUAUACAAUCACAAAUAUUUCAAUAGAAGUGUGCUUUAGGGUGGAGUUUUCCUUUAAUCCACAAUGUGUGCUUCUAGUGUAGGGGGUGUAGCUUUACACACUGUUGCUCAAUGCUUCUGAAAUGAUUUCAGAGCAUUAAGGCUCUGCUUCCAUCAUGGGAAGCGGGUUAGGGUUGAACAUUCAAGAGCAGCUUUCCACUUAGGGUGUAGUUUCUGUUACUGCACCAUAUAUUUUCACCUAGCCUUGGCAUGGAUUCAUCUGCCUUAUCAAAUACUUUCAACAGUAGAGAGCAGAAGCAUGAUCGUUGCAUUCAGUCAUCAUCUGAUGAUCUGAACGUUCUGGUUUUUGCGUUUCCUAACAGUACUCUCUCAAGUGUUCAUGAAGUGAAUGAGAUAUUAGUACAUUUUACUAUGUGUAAUGUGUAUGCAGAAUAAUAAAAAACAUACACAUAAGAUCUAAAAUUCUACACAGUAAUAGGUGAAAAAUCAAAAACUUAUUUAAUAUAACCUGUACAUUAUUUUUGUCAUGGUAACACGCUGCCUGAGGGUUAAUUUAUAUAAAGUGAUUGUCACGGUAAUACAAUCAUUACACCCCUUUUUUUUUUAUUAUAGUAUAAUUUAAAUCUCAGUACCAGUUUACCUUACAUGCUGCAGUGUUGAAAACAAUCGUGCCUGAAGAUUUAAAGUCAAAACAUUAAUGAUUAAUGAUCCUUCCUUAAUCACUGACUUCAGUCAUAUGAUCACUCAUCAGCCACUGUUUCCAUCAAUCUCAUAACACAUUCAAAUCCAAACUAUAUUCAGAGGAUAUGCUUAUUAACGAUACAAUAAAAGUGCAUGAAAUGCCUUAAUAUUACUUCCUGGAUCAUAAUGUAAUGUAUUUUCCUGCAUAUUGGUUAUGGGGGAAAAAAACACACUAUAUGAAUUGAAACUUCAGGGAACAAUUUCUCUUUGAAGUAGUUUAGCAAGAAAUUCUUUUCCUAGGUGUUGGAAGGAAGUGAUGUAUGAUGUGACAGCUUUUGUAAGAAGAUAUCUUGUGCAAUUUUUCUUGUCCUUUAUAAUUCCAUUUCAUGCUUUGAAAUGAUGUGUGCAUGUUCUAGACAAACUAUCUAUAAACUCUAAAAUGUCUGAAUUGCAUGUAAACUUGUAAACCAGUGUGUAAAUGUGUAGCGUCAGCAUUUUGAUGAAAAAAGUACAAAACUCUGAUAUAAAACAUGAAUCUUA